AUGGCUGCCCUUCGUUGGCCGCGCACUAAUUGUCCCAGCGAGCCAUAUCCGCUGGGACCUGAUGCCCCUGCAACAUCAGAGGCGCUGCAACCAUCCAAUCCCCAAAAUAGCAGCGGGCUCACUGCUUACUCCCCCGCAGGCUGCCAAACCCUUAAUGGAGUUACUAUCUCUUAUAAGCGCCAGCAACCUUACGCUCGGACGGGACUGGUAAGGGCUGAAGUUGAGUGCGUUGCUGCCUGCCGCAGACAAAAUGUCGAACCAGAUACUCGCCGGCGGCCGAACCUGGCCGAACCGGAACUGGCAGCCCCGGCUACAACGGGUGAUCUGGGUAAUCUGAUCAUGGAUCGAGUUGGAACACCUGCAGAUGGCAGUCGUGUCCCAUACGGUGGAAACACGUCGCCAGUCAUCGUCCGUAUUCAUCGCCUGAAGCACUUGAUUGGAUCACAGCCACGUCCCAUGGUCCCUCGAAACGGGUCUUCGGCCAAGUCGCUGGCUGUCGACCCAAGCACCAAAAGCAGAGCUGUCUCUCCAUUCCAACUGCAUCUACCUCCGGACACCACCCCGCACUCGCUUGUCUCGCCGCCUUGGGCGUUCAAUAAGUCACCCAAAGUCAUACUGCGACCCUCACGAAGUCAAAAGUCUGCUUCCAUAUACCAGAUGAAAGCCUGCAACUUCUUCAUCCGCCUCCUCUCACUUUCGGCGCUGGUCAUCGGCGUCUACUCAAUGCUCGACGUUGGUCAUCAAGAAGUUUUCACGCACUACUGGAUGUCUGCAAAAGACUACGCCCUUUACAUCAACAAUCCUCUAGAAGUAGCUGUGAAGGUCCGGGUCCAUGUCGAUCCCAUGAUCGGCGAUGACCCUCCCCCGGACCCCAUCACCGAGACGUACAUCAUUGAGCCCAAUCUGGUGACUCCCUCGCAACAAAGCAGAAUAUGCGAAUUGGAAUAUUUUCCACAAAGAGUAGAGGUUAAAUAUGCAAUCCUCAAGGCGGAUUACAUUAGGCUCAUAGGACCCCUGAUCCAAAGACAGGAGUCUAUCGUGCUCCCCUCUGAAGAAGUCCUCAUCGACGUCUCCUCAAUGCUCGACGCUCGUCAAGAAAAAGUUUUCACGCACAUCUGGGCGACACAACGUGAUGAAAAAAAGUCACAAACACUCAGAAACCGCCAGGUCCGAACUGAAGUUUCCGUGCACAGGAUACCUACACAAGUGGACCACGGCAUUUACAUCAACAACCCUUUAAAAGUAGCUGUGAAGGUCCGAGUCGAAGUCACUCCCAUGACUGGCGACAACCCUCUCCUGGACCCCAUCACCGAACACAUCAUUGAGCCCAAUCUGGAUAAUUCCUCGACAGCACCGCAAGUGCGCACAUUGCGCAAGCUUCCACAAACAGUAAACGUUCAAUAUUUCAUCACCAAGGCGGAUUACGAGGAGCUCAUAGGACCCCUGAGCCAAAGUCAAGAGUCUAUUUUUCUCCCUUCUGAAGAAGUCCCCCCCUCUGCAGAAUCUUCCACAUGA